AUGGAUAGCAAGUCGGGAGUUGCUCAUAUCGAGGCCGCCCACGACCACAGCCCACACAUUGUACCCAUCGACCAAGAAGCCAGCGAGAACGUUCAGCAUGUCGACCUCUCGUGGAGAUCAUGGAUCGUCGUGUUCUGUUGUUGCUUUGCCGUCAUGUCUCAGGUCUUUGUUGUCGUGGCCGCAGGAUCAGUCCUGUCCUUUAUCAUUCGCGAGCUGGGAGAGCCAGCCAUUGCUAGCUGGAUUAUCCAGGGCCCUCUUCUCAUGCAGUCCGUCCUUUCGCCUCCCGUUGGCCGUCUCUCCGACGUCCUGGACCGCAAGCUAUUCGCCUCCAUACCGCCCCUGAUAGCAUGUGUUGGUGCCAUCAUCUGUGCCAAAGCUAGUAGCAUGUCCAUGCUGAUUGGCGGCGGCAUCCUCAUCGGCAUCACGCUCGCAACAAUCUCCAUUGUCCAGUCGAUUCCUUCUGAGAUCCUUCCCUUGAAAUAUCGGCCUUUGGCGAAUGGACUCGCUGGAGUGGCUGGCGUAAUGGGCGGCACUGUAGGCAGUUUGGCAGCUGGUGCCGUCACCAACCUCAGCGCGUCUGGCUGGCGAUACAUUUUCUGGAUCCAAGUCGCUCUCCACGGCAUCACAUCACUUGGGCUGUUCGCAUUCUACUGGCCUAAGAAACGCACCGACUACCCUCGCAUGAGCUUCGAACAAUGGGCAUGGGCCUGCGACCCAAUUGGCUCCUUUCUACUAGUUUCCGCCGCCACUCUGCUGCUCCUUGCGCUGAACUGGGCCGGCGGCGCAUACCCAUGGAGCAAUCCACACGUCUGCGUCAACCUAACAGUCGGAAUCGUUCUAUUCCUCGCAUUCUGUCUCUACGAAUGGAAAGGAAGAAGCGACGGCAUCGUCGCCCAUGUCUUCUUUUCCACGGGCCCCAACUUCUGGCUUUCCACCUUUGCCUUCACCAUCGAAGGCUGGAUCUACUACUCGGCCAUUAACGCUGUGACACCCCAGCUCAUUCUCAACAUCGGAUUUGAAGACAACGCCUGGGCCAUAGCCAUCCGCCAAUUAUCAUACAAAAUAGCCUCGAUAAUUACUUCGAUAGCAGUAACAUGGUGGGCUACGCGCUUCAAAGACUUGAAAACACCGCUCGCAGUCACCUUCGCAAUAAUGUUCAUAGCAUCCAUCUGCUUCGCCUUUAUCAGACCCUCCUGGGGCACCCCACAAAUCGUCUUUACAGCCUUGACCGGAGUCGGCUGUGCAGGUCCUCUAACGCUACUAGUCGCAUGCAUCCAAUUCACAGCGCCGCACGCGUUCCUCUCUACAGCCACUGGCCUUGCAUUCUCUGCGCGAGCAAUCGGUGGCGCAUUCGGAACGGCAGUUAUAUAUGCGAUUGUGAAUUCACACAUUGCUUCGCAUCUUAGCCAUGAUGUUAGCGCCGCGGCGACGCAAGCGGGCUUGCCUGCGUCGUCGAUUCCUGCGCUACUGAAUGCUAUGAAAGGGAAGUCGGAAGGGACGUUCAGAAGCGAUGCUGUGCCCGGUGCUAAUGCGAGAAUUGUAAAGGCCGCGUGGAAUGCAAGUCAUUGGUCGUAUGCACGUGCCUAUCGCCUGGGAUUCUGGAGCGUCGUUCCUUUUGUGGCGCUGGCGACGGCGGCUGUGGUGGCAAUGAGAGGCGUCACGCAUUUGAUGACUGAGAGGGUGGAAGCGAGUCUGGAGAGGGAGAAUUUGAAUGAGAAGGAGAGAGUGAAAGUGUAG